AUGUCCAAAGUGAAAGACAUAGCUGUGAAUUACGUACACGACAAUACUUCAAACAUCGGCAGUCCUUAUAAAACUGUUCACAAUGCAACUCUUGUCACAAAAAAUUCACGUGGGAACCACGAGUUACGUCAUCAAGCUACUGUUUCAUAUUACACAACAUCGUCACAGCUAAGAAAUUCUUCAAAGACUGGUGACGUAGUUAUUCCAAGACAAUCUAGAGUGAUAGAUACGACACGAUGGGGAAGGAAUACCGGAAACCGCACUGACCAACCGAAGACGUACUCUUCAACUUCCGGAAAACACAAACCAAUUAUGUACGUGCGGAGCAUACAUCCAAUGCACAUCGACCUGAGAACACACGUUCGCAGGAAGAUUGAGGAAGGAAUUGAUAUUGGUGUUAUUCCGAUAAACCAACAUCCGUUUAAAUACUUGCACAGUCCCCCGGAAUGUGAUUUCGGACCGACAUCGGAUAGUUUCAAUUUACUUAUUCUUGUAAAAUCAAGUAACCACCAUGUCGUUAUCCGUGAUAGUAUUAGAAAAUCGUGGGGCAACCUGACGAAUAUCAUGAAUGUUAAGGUUAUGUUUUUGAUUGCUUAUAAACAAUCGACACAGACAGACAUAGACAAAGAGGCGACCAGCUCCUCAGAUAUCAUACAGGAAGAUUUUAUAGAUGCGUAUAAAAAUAACACUUUAAAAACUAUUAUGGGAUUCAACUGGGCUGUUGAAAAAUGUUCUCAAGCAGACCUUCUCUUUUUUGUUGACGAUGAUCACAUCAUCCGUAUCGCAAACGUCAUGGCAUACCUGCGGACAUUUAACAGAAACCAGAUUAAGAAAACGUAUGUAGGAUUUCGUAUCGAAAAGCCACAAGUAGACCGACGUGACGGUUCUCCAUGGGGCAUGUCAAACUAUGACUUCUCUCAUGUGUUAUGGCCAGCAUAUCUGAGGGGUGGGGCAUUUGUCGUCUCGUCCGAAAUAGCCAACCGUUUCGUCAUUGCCUUCCCUUACGUUAAAUUGCUAUCCGUGGACGAUUCGUACCUAGGAAUUGUUGCAGAUAAGUUAGGAAUGUUACCGCAGCAUGAUCAGAGGUUCAAAAUGGACAAAGUUAACCUUACAGUGUGUCCGGAUUACUUCGUUUAUAAUGAUUAUAAAACUCCACAGGAAAUCAAAUCAGCCUGGAAAACGAUUUCUCUGGGAACAUGA